GUGGCCAUGAGGAAGCACGAGCCGGGCCGGCGGGGGCCCCCGGACGGGAACGCGCAGCCGGCGCCCCCCGAGAAGGUCGGCUGGGUGCGGAAAUUCUGCGGGAAGGGCAUUUUCCGGGAGAUCUGGAAGAACCGCUACGUGGUGCUGAGGAGCGACCAGCUGCUGGUGUCCGACAAGGAGGUGAAAGAUGAGAAGAGCAUCCCAGAGGCCUUCGACCUGAGCGACUACGAGAAGUGUGAGGAACUGCGCAAGUCCCGGAGCAGGAGCAAGAAGAGCCACAGCAAGUUCGCCCUGGUGCACUGCAGGCAGCCGGGGAACACGGCGCCCAACCUGGUCUUCCUGGCUGUGAGUCCGGAGGAGAAAGAGCUCUGGAUCAGCGCCCUCAACGCUGCCAUCAUCCGAGCCAAGAACCGAAUCUUGGACGAGGUCACCGUGGAGGAGGAGAGCUGCCUCGCCCAUCCCACCCGAGACAGAGCCAAGAUCCAGCACUCUCGCCGGCCCCCAACGCGGGGACACCUGAUGGCGGUGGCCUCGACCUCUACCUCCGAUGGGAUGCUGACCUUGGACUUGAUCCAGGAGGAGGACCCUGCCCCCGAGGGAUCGGCCUCCUGCGCCGACAGCUUCCGAGUGGACCUGGACAAGUCAGUGGCGCAGCUGGCUGGCAGCCGGCGGAGGGCAGAUUCGGACCGUGUCCAGCCGUCCGCGGACCGUGCGCGGGGCCUCGCCCGGCCCUGGGAGAAGCCAGACAAGGGGGCCCCCUACACCCCUCAGGCACCCAAGAAGCUGACCCCCACCGAGAAGGGCCGCUGUGCCUCCCUGGAGGAGAUCCUGGCACAGAGGGACCCGGGCCUGGGGCGGCCCCUCCAGCUGCAGCCCAAGGACACCCCGACCCCCGGCACACCCCAGCCGGGCCAGCUCUCCCGGAUCCAGGACCUGGUGGCCAGGAAGCUGGAGAAGACCCAGGAGCUGCUGGCCGAGGUGCAGGGCCUGGGGGACCGAAAGCGGAAGGCCGCGGGCCCCCAGCGCUCACCCCCGGGCGCGGAGCCCCAGCAGCUCUUGCAGGAGACGGAGCGGCUGCUCGGGGAAGCCUCGUCGAACUGGAGCCAGGCCAAGCGGGUGCUGCAGGAGGUGCAGGAGCUGCGGGACUUGUACCGGCAGAUGGACCUGCGGGGCCCCGAGCCCCAGCCCGCCCAGGCCACCCCGCGCUCACAGUUCCGGAAGAGCCUGAUGUGACGCUCACCAGCGGACUUGGCGGGGACAGAC